AUGAAGCUAGACGAAGCUGAUCUCUUCUUAAACAGUCUUGCUGAUCUAAUAACACCAAACAGAGCAAUCUCUCAAUUAGAAACCGCUCAAAUCGAAAUCAAAGACCACAAAUCAAAAUUAAUAUUCUUACAAGAUGCUUAUCAGCUUUCAAUAGAUUCAAUUCCAAACAUUUCAAAUCCAGAUCCUAAUUAUUCAAGACUUUUAUAUGAAGUUACUCAAACUAUUGAUUCAUAUGAACGUCGAUUAAUUCAACUUGAAUUAGUUUAUGAGAUGAAAAAACGUUAUGCAGUUGAAGUUUUAAAAGCUCAAAUUUAA